AAUCAAAAAAAUAUAAUUGUAGGGGAAAUGUUAAAAGAGUUAAAUAAUAAAAAAAGUGAUUUUGGAUUAAUGGAAAUAAAAACAGUUAUGAAUAAUUUAGCUGAAAAUUAUUUAAAUACAAAUAAUGACAGUAAUCUGAUUAACAAAAUGGUAGCUUCUAUAAAAGCUUCUGCAGUUAAUGAUGUUAACAAUAUGAAUAAAUUAACAAUUAGAUCAACUCCAAGGUUAAAUUAUAUACAUUUACGGACUUUGAAAGAUAUGAAACAGCACUCUGAAAUAAUUGAUAUUAUUUGUGAAAAAGCAAACAAUUUUGAACAGUUCAACAUAGUUAUUUCUACUGAAAAUAGCUUUAACGAAAUUAUACAAAAAGAAAAUAUUCAUAAAUCAGAAUUUGAAAGUAUUAUUUCACAAAUGGAAAAGAAUAUUUCGGAGUUAAAGUUAUGCAUAGAAGACAGUAAACUCGUAGUUAACAUAUU